ACGCAUCACACUAAUAGCUCGUUGCGAACCGAAACGACAGUCGUCGCGAAAGCACACACGCCGUCAGACGUGUCUUUGCUGCAGCCUGAUAGGGCGUAUAGGUAAUAAAAACGAUUGUUACAGCACGAUCGUAGAAUAUUUUACGCGAUCGCGUAAAAAACCGGCGGCGAUAUAAUUUUAAUAUCGCGGCACGGCGUCGUAUACCUACCUACCUGACCGGUCGAGAGGGGAGAAGGAACACAUCACAAAUCACUGCAAACGCGCAUACGGAGUGGACACUGCUCGACGGCGCCGGAAGACGAUGUGCGUGGACAUCAUCGGCGGAUUACAGUGAUCGAUAUUGUUACGGCAUAAUAAUAUCUACCGCUCGAUAUAUGGAACUCGGAAUAUUGGCCCACCACCGAAGACAAUAUUCAAAAACGUUUCUUUUGGCGGACAUGAGUAGUUGAGCUCGGACAUCACCGUACACUCGCGAACAGAUCGCGCGAUUCGCACGCACCCGUCUGCAAGAGGAGCAGCGACAGCCGACAUCUCCACACGAUUGCGCGUCAGAUUAUAACAUGGCAGCUUUUCAAUGGAUAACAGCCUUAACGGUGUUCCAAUUGCUGACAAGCAGUUUUUGUCUGGAAAACGGUUUAGCCAGGACACCUCCGAUGGGAUGGUUAGCGUGGGAAAGAUUUAGAUGCAAUACUGAUUGUAAAAAUGACCCUGACAAUUGUAUAAGCGAGAAACUCUUCAGGACCAUGACAGACCUUGUGAUAUCCGAAGGGUACGCAGCUGUCGGUUAUGAGUACAUAAACGUGGACGACUGUUGGUUGGACUUUUCAAGGUCGUACGACGGUAGAUUACAGCCUGACGCCAAACGGUUCCCCAGAGGAAUGGCUGACCUAUCCGAAUACAUCCAUUCACGAGGACUGAAGUUUGGCAUUUAUGAAGACUACGGUAACUUCACGUGUGCUGGCUAUCCAGGAAUAUUGGGAUCUCUCGAGGUGGACGCAUUCACGUUCGCCGAGUGGAACGUAGAUUUCGUCAAACUGGACGGUUGUUACUCGCUACCUAAAGACAUGGACCAAGGUUACAGCGAAUUCGGUUACCACCUGAACAAAACCGGCAGAGCCAUGGUAUACUCGUGCAGCUGGCCAGUUUAUCAGACCUACGCGGGAUUACAACCCAACUAUUCGGCAAUAACAUCGAGAUGUAACUUGUGGAGAAACUUUGACGACAUCCAAGACUCGUGGGCUAGUGUGGAGAGCAUCAUUGACUACUACGGCGACAACCAAGAUAUCAUUGCGGCCAACGCAGCUCCUGGACAUUGGAACGAUCCAGACAUGUUGAUCAUCGGAAACUUUGGUUUGAGCUACGAACAAAGCAAGGUGCAGAUGGCCAUAUGGGCCAUACUAGCCGCCCCGCUGCUCAUGUCAGUCGACUUAAGGACCAUUAGACCCGAAUACAAAGCGAUUUUACAAAACAAAAAAAUUAUAGCCAUCGAUCAAGACAAAUUGGGAAUUCAGGGCCGCAGGAUUUACAAGCACAAAGGCAUCGAAAUAUGGGCUCGGCCGGUUACUCCGAUUUUCGAGAACUACUUCUCGUAUGCACUCGCUUUCGUCAACCGCAGAACUGACGGUACGCCAUCCGACGUGGCUGUGGCGUUGCAUGAAAUGGGUCUGCUGUCACCCACAGGAUACAGAAUACAAGAUUUGUACGAAGAUGUCGACUACGGAGUACUGUCUCCACAGACUAAGAUCAAGGUCAAAGUGAAUCCCACCGGUGUUGUCAUAUUGAAAGCGGACGUCCAACAGAACUUGAUAAAGCAAAACUUCUACAAACCCUACAAUCCGUUCACGCAAGUUUAUCCGUUAAGGACGAUCAACGAUUUUGUGAAAAAAUGAAACCCGAAUCAUACCAAUGAGACACGCUGAUUCAGCAAUAAUAUCAAAAAUAAAAAAUAAAAAAAAUGAAAUAAAAUAAAAACUAUCAUCGCUGACGUAAGAAUAAGAAUACGGAAUGGAAUGGAGCAUAAAAUUCAUCGGACAACACGCAAUUUUCAAUCCGCUGUAAAUUGUUACUGCUGCUGCCCGGGGGCGUACACUGUACAUGUUAAUAUAAUUUUACUGUAAAAACAAAAAAAUAAAAAAAAUAUAUUUAUAUUUAUGAAACUGAA